AUUCGCAAGCAGAGCGGAGCGCGGGAGAGCGACCGGAGAGCACUGCUGAGGGUUCGGAGCAGGUCAGCACGCAGUGCUUGGCCCCCUACUCUCCACCCCGCACCACACGGACCCACCCCCGCCCCGCACCAGCUCCACCCAGCAGAGGACCCCCAACACCAGUAUGGACUGCUGCACCGAGAGCGCCUGCUCCAAACCAGAUGAGGACAUUCUAGACAUCCCGCUGGACGAUCCCGGUGCCAACGCUGCUGCUGCCAAAAUCCAGGCGAGUUUCAGGGGCCACAUGGCACGGAAGAAGAUCAAGAGCAGAGAGGGCGGCCGGAAGGGCCCAGGCCACGGAGGGCCUGGCGGAGCUGGGGGCGCCCGGGGAAGCUCGGGCGGCGGCCCCAGCGGAGACUAAGCCAGGACUGAGCAUUUUCGAAGUUCCCGAAGAGAGAUGGAUGCCGUGUCCCCUUCGCAGUGACGAGACUUCCCUGCAGUGUUUGUGACCCUCUCCUUCCCACCAACCUGCCCGCUUCAGGAGCCUCCCUCCGUCCCCAGAGACCCUGCCCCCAGGCAGGCUCCGUCGAAGUCGCUAAAUCUGUGCUCUUUCAUUUGGUUCUCCGUUCCAGAACGGUCCUGUUCGCCCUUCUACCCCACCCCAGCCCCGACCUCGCACUCCCCAGUCGUCUUUCUUUGCUUCUCGCCCCCGUCUCCCCGCAGCAGCAUGCAGCUUUGCCUCCGCAGCCUCCAUGCGCUCCCCUAGGUGCACCGCAGAGGGCGCCCUACCCUCUGCGUUGUCCCAGGACGCCACUUUAAAAAAAGUCCUUUCGUUCAGUGCGCAGCUAAUGGGGACGGGACGCCUUUCGUCUCUGUGCGGUUCUCGCCGUCGCCCACCCAGCUCCAGCGCUUUGGAUCUGGGGCGAGGCGGGAGGGGAAGAGAGUUUUUAUGGUGUCGGAUACCCCUUGCUCUGAUGGAGGGCAAGUCCCUCUUUCACACCCUACCCCAAGCCUGCCUGUAAAUCGGCCCUCCCCUCAUCCUGUGCACCCCGACAGCCACCCUCUCAUCAGCUCUCUUUUGCUUUUAUGGGCGCCCGAGCACCGGGGUGGCUCGGUGGGAGGGAUCUGUUGUGGCCCUGCCCCUGCCAUUCUGGCUCGGCCCCCAACGGGCUCCCGGGGCUUCGGCCAGAAGGUUAUCUCUGUGUGUGUGCAUGUGACGGUGCUGGGUUGGAAUGUGAACAAUAAACAGGAAUGUCCAAGUA